CAAAAUUUCGACCACUUUUUCCUCACCUCGUUUCGCGGCUAGCAUCCGACCCUGCAACCAUCACGACAAUCGACGGCCAACGAGCAGCACCGACAAAAUGGGUCGCCUCCAGGAAUUCGAGAUCAUCGGGCGCCACCUGCCCACCGAGACCAACCCGACUCCUACCCUGUACCGCAUGACAAUCUUCGCCCCUAAUGUCAUCGUCGCCAAGUCGCGGUACUGGUACUUCAUGCGUGGCCUGCGGAAGGUCAAGAAGGCCACCGGUGAGAUCGUCAGCGCCAAGGCGAUCUACGAGAAGCACCCCCUGAAGGUCAAGAACUUCGGCAUCUGGGUGCGCUACGACUCUCGCUCCGGCACCCACAACAUGUACAAGGAGUACAGGGAGCUGAGCCGUUCCGCCGCCGUCGACUCUCUCUACCAAGAUAUGGCCGCCCGCCACCGUGCCCGGUUCAGGUCGAUCCACAUUCUCCGCGUCGUCGAGCUCGAGAAGACCGAAGACGUCAAGCGCCCCUACAUAAAGCAGCUCCUCACCAAGAACCUCAGCUUCCCUCUCCCCCACCGUGUCGGCAAGGUCGACAAGCAGAAGCUCUGGAGCGCCAAGCGUCCCACGACUUUUGCGUAAACAAAAAAAGGCUGGUUAUUUGCGGGGUUUCUUGGGCGAAGGGAAAUGGACUGGUUCUGCGGCGUGUUAUUACCAAGGUCUCAUGGAACUACU